AUGGAGGAGAAGUUGGACGCUGAAGAGCGAGAAACACAGAUUACCUUGUUGAUUUCGAAAGAUGGUUCAACCCCUGGGGCUUCUACUUCACAAGACCUUGGCUCGAGCUGGGCAGAGGUGAUUCAGGUCCAAUAUUACCCACAGCAAAACCAAUUACCUCUCAAGACGGAGCGAUAUCAUACGAUCGCUGUGGCCCUUGGACUCGCUAGACCUCUUCUUCCGGAAAGACGUUGCAUACUAUCAAGAGGGGUCCAUGGCCAACUUAUUGAUGACCUGCCGAAUCACGAUAUCGACUUUGCUGCUAAUAUGGGUACCGAGUACGAUUCGAGAUUCGACCAAAGCCUCGGACUGGCGAGGAGUAACCAUCACCGAGAAGAAGUUGUCUACGCACAGCAUCGCCAGGACAAGAUGCAGAAGCGCUUAGAGGGGCAGCAAGUUCAAGACGCAAAGGCGAUCGAACGUAUCUUAAGGCAGGAAGAAGGUGAAGGCUGCAUGGCACUUGGAGAGUGA